CAGCUUUACUAGUAUGACGUACAACAUGGCCGCUGUUUCUUAACGCGUACGGAACCAGUUUCAUUGAAAACCGGUUUGGGAUAAGUUUUCCUCGGUUUUUCGACCAGUCGCAAACUCGUCGGCGAUCGUCGUUCAAGUAUUUUGCGAACUCCUGUGUCUUACUGUGUCCCCACGUCACCGUGCAAUAAUUUUUUUUCUCAAAAUGGAGAAGGAACCUAACAGAUGGAGAUGUUUGAAACACAUGGGAAUUUACGGUCAAUUUUGGAACUAGGGUUUGCAAUAUUUGUCAGAUAAAGCGGCGGGUAUUUGCUGUAUAUUUCAAAUACUGUUGUACAGAUUUUACGACAUAGAUUUUCCAAUUUGUUUAGUCUGUUGCAAAUUUUAAAACUCAUAGGUUAGUGUCAGCAAAACAAGUAUUAUGAUGUUUUGAAACAAAUAAACAUAGUGUUUAUUGUUACAGAACAAGAAGUAGGCGAAGGAGUUGAUACUCAAAUGGAAAUAAAAGUGGAGCCUAGUUUGCUGUGUUAUGCAGAAGAGGAUAAUGAAAAUGGUUUUGCUGGAUUUAAAAACUCUGGAAGAAUUCCAUCAACAGCAGAUGUUGGUGCUUUGAACCUAUGGACUAGUAAAGCUACUACGUGUCUUAUUGCCCAGUACAAAAAGUACCGCUCUAUGGUGGGCCAAACAACACAAAUACGUAGUUUGCGUGAAAUGUUUGAGAUGAUAUCAGUUGAAAUGCGAAACUAUGGAUUUUACUUUAGUCCUCAAAAAUGUGAGAAUAAGUGGCGUGUUUUGGAACGUAAAUAUAAAAAUCUUGUAUUUCGUGAAAGGCUUAAAAAACCUGGCAGAAUGCGCCACUAUGGACAUUGGGAACAUAAGAGAGCUUUGGAUGAAAUAUUUUCUGAAAAAUCUAGACAUGUUUAUCUGGAGGAGAAUGAUUUUCCAGACCCAGCGGACUCUGCAAAGUAUGCAAUAAUCUUACCAAAAUCUGCAGAUCAGUCAAAUCCUGCAAGUAAUCAGCAUACAAAUGAUCCAUUGACAUCGAUUGCAUCAAAUACAUCAACAGUAAAAAGAUCUGGUGAUGAACUGGAUCAGCAUGGAACUUUGCCAUUAUUGUUUGAGAAAUUCUUAGAAGAAAUUGAGAAGAAUUUUGCAACAGCUGAAAGAAACAAAGAGAGAAGACAUAAGGAGAAAAUGAUGAUGAGACAAAAUGAACUAGAAGUACAACGUAAAUUAUUAAAACUGAAAGAACAGAAAAUAGAGCUACAAAAAUGUCAAAUAGUAGCUGCAGCCCAGCAUUUGCAUCCAAAUAUGCAAUGACUUCAUCGUCGUAUAAUGAUAAUAAUAUUACGUGGAUGCUUUGACACUUACAAAAUAUUUUUACACGCGGGAAACGAAACGCAGGCAUUUAUGAUUGUUCGUGUUGACGGAUUUUUUACAAAGUAACAUAACUAUUGAUCUAACUGUAAGUAUAGUUAAUCCAUAAGUAAACUAUGUUUAAAGGAACUAUCUUCCUAUGAUUCAGAAAGUAGAAGAAUCCCUCAAAUUUCAUAUUUAACUUGUGGAUUCACUGCAUCUACUUAGAAAACUAUAAAAUAAAAUAAAAAUUUCUAAGCAUAUAACAAAUAUAUCCAAUUCAGCACCAACCCUGCCCUAAAAACAAUGUAAAUAGCUUUCAAAAACUAGUUGAAAUAUUAACCCCACUACAAGACCUGUUCCUAACAAUAGUUAAACAAUUUCGUGUUUAGCCAACCAUCUAAUAUGUCGUAAUUCAAAAACAAAAAGAAAAGAGAACCCUUUAAAGGGGUAGCCUGUAGCCCCUAGUAAUUUGUAUUCCAAGAAACCUUAUAACAAGACACGAAAGGUCUUUCCCGAGAACAAAGGUGGACACGUUAGAAGUCAUUAAACCGAUUAAUUCCAUUUGGAAUAGAAUUUCAUCGAGGACGUUCCAUUUCGUUCCGAGGAUAUCGCUCACGGAGUUGCGCGAUUAUCCGUCUCCUUAAUUAACACCAAAAUAGAAAUUUCCUACAAGCAUCUCUAUCAUGAAAUUUACAAAUCAACCAUUUUCCUACAAAUCUUGCACAUUUCUCUCUCCAACCUCCUUAGUCAUAUCUUUCUCUUCUAAUUAUCAGGCAUUUGUCACCAUAUCCAAAUGCUCAUAAAUUUACGUAAGUAUAAAUACUCUGACUGAUGUAAAUAGAUAAAUACUCCUACAUAUUUUCAACACUAUAAGGGCCAAUCCAUUUAUAAAUGUAUGUGUAUGCGCGUAACCGUUCGGUGUCCUCGCAACGCUGCGCAUUAUUAUACGAACUCGCGCCAAGUCAGAGUACGAGGGAGGGAUUAGAACGGAUUAUCAGAGCAAGGCGACAUUGCGGAAGAGAUAACGCAGAAAUUAUACGAAGCGAACGAAGGAAUCACGUACUGCGUGUGUGUUUAUAUCCACAGACAAAUAUUCGAGAAGAAUGGUACGAAAUGGAAAUGCAAACCUGAGAGAUUAGAAUGAAUGAGAAUGGAUAAGAGGUGCUGAUGUGAUAAACAAAAGGAAAUGCAGGUGUAAAUAAGAGAAAUAUUAAAAAUCUUAAUUACAGGUUUUUCAUAUUGAACGUAUCGUUCGUUACAGUACCUGUGAUGUUUCUAUUAUAAUUGUUUUUAUAAAAUUAAACAAUAGAGUAUACAUAGGUAUAUUGGUAUUCCUAUAGGUAUACGUUAACAGUGGACUGCCUUGGGUGUCACCUUACGACCAAUAUACAGUGCGUGACGAUUAUCCUUGUGGAAUUUGGAAAAAAUCGAGGACCGUUACCCGAUGAAAUAAACUAAGAUAUUAUUGCAUGAAGAUAAUCGUGAAAUUAAUAUGCGAGGCUUACUCGAUGUGUAGUAGAUGUCAGGAAGGACCUCGUGAUAUUUUAGACUUUUAUAUGACAGUGUGUACGUAGAUAUACAUAUGUGUACGUAUAAGUUUGAACAUACAAAAUUUCAUGUCUCUUUUUAGUUCGAAUUAUAAAUCUGGAUCAAUACUUGUCCGAAUUGUAAUACGUAAUCGGUUUAUAGUCGACGUGAUAUGUACAAUGCCGGCAUUACCGAUUGCACGGAUUCGUUUCUGUACAUAUGAAUAUAUGUAUAUUAUCUCGAAUAGAAUUUAUAAACCAUGUGUAGAUUGACGGAGAAGCAACCACCAGAAUUCAGCAGCUGAAUGCUGCUUUAUCAAUAUACUUCAUAUCUUUCUAAAUGAUUUCUAAAAUUCUAUAGAAACUCAAUACAUGUGAUAUGUAAAUACAUACGACCGUCCCUAUUAUCAUACGGCACUGAUAUAAUAAUAAAUAUAAUGUAUAACGGAAUAUAUUGAUCUAGAUAGUAUACUAUAAGGAGAAUUGUAAACUGACAAUAGAGGUAAUACUUUAAAACAGUAAUUAAUAUAAUGAUUAAUUAAUAAAUUAUUAAAAAACUGUUGUCACCUA